AUGAAGCUCACCAUUGCUACUAUCUCCACCACCCUGCUGGCAGGCAGUGCUCUCGCAGCAUCCCGUCCCGGUCUGGAGGAGCGUCUAAUGGCUCGUGGAGUCUUGAACCGCCAGUCGAAUCCCGCUCACAAGUUCAACAACACCGAGGAAGACGGGAUCCUGCUCAAGGAAGGAUCCGACUCGGCCAACGUGCAAUACAGCAAGAACUGGGCCGGUGUCGUCCGCGAGAUGCCUCCUGCGAGCGGCACUUACAGUGCUGUUUCCGCAACUUUCACUGUCCCCGAUCCCACGGCCACUGAUAACUCCGGCGAUACGCAAGCUGCCUCGGCCUGGGUCGGUAUCGAUGGCGACACCUACACCAAGGCAAUACUCCAGACCGGUAUCGAUGCCUACAUCACUGGCGGCGAGAAGUCCUACGGUGCUUGGUUUGAGUGGUACCCCAACCCGGCCGAGGACUUCCAGAUCGACCUCUCUGCCGGCGACGUGAUCGUGGCCAAAGUCGAGUCCUCUUCCCCCAGCAAGGGUGUGGCCAUCAUUGAGAACAAGUCUUCCGGCAAGAGCGUGACCAAGACCCUCUCGGCCCCUUCGAAUUCCGCUACCCUUGGUGGACAGAAUGCCGAGUGGAUCGUCGAGGAUUUCAACAGCGGCGCCCAAAUUGUGCCCCUGGCCAACUUUGGCGAGAUCUCUUUCACUGGUGCCCAGGCCGAGGCCGAUGAUAGCCAGUACGGUGUCAAUGAUGGUACCAUCCUCGAUAUUCAGCAGGGCGGCAAGGUUCUGGCCCAUGUCGAAAUUGAGAGUGACACCGAGUUUACCGUGUCAUACCAGUAA